CGCAGAUUGAGACUGUGGAGGUGCUGCGUAAUCAGCCGACUGGAGUUUUCUUCCUGGGGCUACCAACAACAGAACGGGAGGAGGAAGCAGCAGGGUAGCCAUGAUGUCGUGUGUCCUGAACAAACCUGAAGAUCUUUCCCUCCGUAUUAAAUUACACAUGUAGAUUGGCUUAUGGACAAACUCCAACCCUAUUAAAAAGGGUUCUUCCUCAAACACCAGUAUAAAAGGUGAAGUAAAAGCUGAAUGGAACAAAGCCUGCCAUUGGGUUGUUUGAUUUCUUUCCCUGCCACCUGGCACAAUAUAAUUUCAUUUUAGAAGGGAACAUUCUGGAUUGCUCUGGAGCUUUUUCAGAAGUGAAAUUGCAGAGAGGCCUUUGUGGUGGCAUUGAAGAGUCUGUUUCACCUCAAGCAAAAACAAGCGAUUCAACUGUCGAAGGCCCCAGCGUGUCUGGCACAGCACUGAAGAAGAAUGAACUCUAUUGUUAAAACCGUAUUUCAACACCAGCAUGGAUUCAUCAUUUCACAGAUAAUGUUUACUGCCACUGAGUUAGGAGUAUUUGAUCUGCUGAAAUCAGCAAAACUCUUAAAUGCAAAAACUAUUGCUGAACGUCUGGGCACCAGCCCCACUGGAAUGGAGAAGCUACUGGAUGCUUGCGUGGGGUUCAAGUUCCUGAGAGUGGAGAGGAAGGAGAACGAAGGACUUUACGGAAACACAGACCUGGCUAAUUUGUGCCUUGCUAAAUCAAGCCCGAACUCUCAGUAUCAUUUCAUGAAGUUGAGCUCUGAAUACUUCUAUCCGAAUAUGCCUUACCUUCUUAAUGCUGUGAGGGAAGGAAAAAACCAGAGUGAAUUAAUACAUGGCAUUUCGUCAAACCAUAUAUUUGAUAUCCUUUCCAGAUCAGAGGAAGACUCGCAAAGAUUCAGUACUGCCAUGGAUGAUGCUUGGAGUCUGCAUGGUAGAGAAGUGAUGUCUGCAUUUGAUCUUUCUAAUUUCCCACUCGUUUGUGAUGUGGGAGGAGCUGGUGGUACAUUGGCUAAGGAAUGCAUUUCCUUGUAUCCCAAAUCUACUGUGACAAUCUUAGACCUACCUGAAGUAGUAGAAAGAGCAAAGAAGCGUUUUGUGUCCUCAGAAGAAUGCCGGAUUGCUUUCAAGGAAGGGGAUUUUUUUAAAGAUCCAGUUCCUGAAGCUGACCUAUAUAUUUUGAGUAGGGUACUGUAUGACUGGGAUGAUGAGACGUGUGCGCAACUGCUAACCAAACUGCACAAGGCCUGCAGACCUGGUGGUGGAGUGUUAAUCUCGGAACCAAUUCUCAAUGAAGAUAAAACUGGCCCUUCAGAAGUCCACCUACAGUCCAUGCUGCUAAUGGUUUUUACUGAAGGAAAAGUACGGACCGCAUCAGAGUUCAAUGGGCUCCUCAGUGCCGCUGGCUUCAAGGACAUUCAAGCAAAGAAAGGAAGCAUCUAUGAUACUAUUUUAGGAAGAAAAUAAUGUUGCCCCUUCUUCAGGGUUGGGCAGACUUCAAUGCUUAGAGGAAUCUAGAAUAAUAAA